AUGCAGCUGAAUUCCAGUGGCCUGCAGGCCCUGGUGGCAGGGGCAGGGAAAGGGAUCGGGAGAGACACUGUGAAGGCCCUGCAUGCCCUGGGAGCCGGAGUGAUAGCCGUGAGCCGCACCAACACUGACCUGGUCAGCCUCUCCAAGGAGUGCCCCGGGAUAGAGACCGUGUGUGUGGACUUGGGUGACUGGGAGGCCACAGAGCAGGCACUGGGCAAUGUGGGCCCUGUGGAUCUGCUGGUGAACAACGUUGCCAUGCUGCUGAAGCAGCCCUUCCUGGAGGCCACCAAAGAGGUCUUCGACAGGACCUUCAAUGUGAACCUGCGCUCCAUGAUCCAGGUAUCCCAGAUCGUGGCCCAGGGCAUGAUCCACCAAGGAGUGCCUGGCUCCAUUGUCAGUGUCUCCAGCAUGGUGGCCCAUGUCUCCUUUCCUAACCUAGCUGUCUACAGCUGCACCAAAGGCACAAUGACCAUACUCACCAAAGUCAUGGCCGCAGAGCUGGGGCCAUACAAGAUCCGGGUAAACUCCGUGAACCCCAAGGUGGUGCCGACGGCCAUGAGCCAGAAAGUCUUGACGGACCCCGAGUUAGCCCGGAAGCUGAAGGAGCGGCACCCGCUGCAGAAGUUUGCAGAGAUGGAGGACGUGGUCAACAGCAUCCUCUUCCUGCUCAGCGACCGCAGCGCCCCCACCAGCGGCUCGGGCAUCCUCGUGGACGCCGGGUACCUGGCCUCCUAG